UUAACUUGUACACCCAGUAGUCUUAAUUAAACCUAUCGUUGGGUUGGUUGAAGAAUGUGUGUGUUAUAUUUUUGUUUUUUUGCAUUAUUUUAUAUCAACGUCACCGCACACAUAAAUACAUUAAAUACAGUGUUAUUUAAUGGUGACUAUGAAUUUAUAGAUCUUAGCUACCCUUUCGAUGCAAAUACAAUAUAUUGGCCUCAAGCACAAAAGUUUCAAUUUACCAAGCAAAUUAUAAACGAAGGCGUUAACUGGUACUCUUCUAAAGAAUUUGUUGCUUCCGAACAUGGUGGGACUCACUUGGAUGCACCAUAUCAUUUCUAUGAACAAGGAAACUUUGUGGGGAACAUUCCUCUUAAAGACUUAAUUGUUCCGCUUAUUAUUGCUGAUGUCAGUUCCCUGGUUAACGAUGAUCCAAAUUUUGUUCUUUAUAAACAUCAUUUAGAUUUUAUGAUUAAUGACAAUUUUGGUAAACCAUGUUUAAUUGUGUUCAAAUUUGGAUGGAGCAAGUUUGUUAAUGAUAAACAAAAGUAUCUUGGAUUGGGGCCUAAUAACACAUUAAAUUUCCCUGGUCUGAGUAGUGAAGUUAUGGACUGGAUAAUAACUUCAUACAAAAACGUAGUUGGAGUUGGCGUUGAUACUUCUUCGGUAGAUCCUGGAGCAUCAAAAGAUCUUCCUGUACACAAAUUAGGGUCGAAAGCAGGGUUGUACAAUAUUGAAAAUGUUAAUUUAUCAAGAACUAUACCAGAAUAUGGUUGCACCGCUCUUGUAAUGCCAAUGAAAAUUGCCCAAGGAAGUGGAGCUCCUGUUAGAUUUGUAGCAAUUUGUCCAAAAGAAGUAAACAAAACCCACAACACGUAAAACAAAUGCUAAUAUAUCAUGGAUAUGGUGAUUUAAUUUUUAUUUGUUGAAAAUAAAUUGCUUUAUGCUAAUAUAAUGACAAUAUUUGUUUUUUUAUGAACAUUUAGUAAUGAUUUGGUUAUUUUAUGUUCAAAUUGUAACUUAAGUUUUACUUG